CGCUUCAAAAACCACACGUGGCUCUGCCUGAAACUUUCAAGUCCAGGAGGGAAGUUUGGGAAGCAGCUCAGAGCUGGCGGAGAGCAUCGUCCUCUGGCGCGGUCCGACAUGCCGUCAUACGCAUUCAACCAGUUCGUCGAUGUGGACGACGUUUUAUGCAAGCAACUUUUGGGUCUAGAUAUCAGAGAGCCACCAAACUCUUUGGCACUCCCAGCAUCUGGAGGUGGAUAUAAAAAGCUGGGAAACUCUUGCCCUCUUGCUUCCUCAUCUGGGACCAUUUCAGAGGCGAGGUCAUUGGCUUCACAUAACUGGGCACAGCACAAAGAAACAUCGACGUCGUCAAGGUGGAACAAGAUGGCUUUCUGGUCCGAGCGUGCCAUCAGCAUGGUGGAAGGUGACACACGGGGGCUGGGUUGGGCGUCCAUCAAGCCCAUUCUUGACAAGCCUGUGGCCAUGUCGAGCACGGUGUCCCUUCCCACCUCUGCGCCUUCCCUCUCUACUGCUGCUACCACCACCUCAUCGCGCUAUAAGACUGAACUGUGUCGCACCUUCACUGAAAGUGGUAUGUGCAAGUACGGCAUCAAAUGCCAGUUUGCACACGGAGCCGAAGAGCUGCAGGACAUCAACCGGCAUCCCAAAUACAAGACGGAACUGUGCCGCACCUUCCACUCAAUUGGCUUUUGCCCCUAUGGCAUUCGCUGCCACUUUGUGCACAACAAUGAGGAUGACCAUGCACAUGCGCAUGCCUGGCCCCGGCCCCGGCCCCAACCCCAGCCCCAGGCCUCUGUUGCAGCCACCCAGCGUCCACCCUUACUUAAGCAUAGCUUUAGCUUCCCUGGCUUUCCAUCUGCUUUCCAGCCCUUGGAGCCUCCGCUUGCCCAGUCCUCGCUUUUCUGGGUUCCUUCAGCCUCCUCAGCUUCGCCCCCAGCAUCAACCACCCUUUCCGAUCUGCUGAACCUGGCCUUCCCGGAGUUCAGCCCAGGGUCCAGCAUGGACCAGGGUUGGGAGUCCAUGCCCCAGUUUCUGCCUUCUCCUGACUCUGGGUGCUCCCACGGAGAACAGACCCCCACACAGUCGUCCUCCCAGAUUGUACCCAGCCAGCCAGAAGGGUGCCCGAGACGGAGCCCGACUUGCGGGGUCUCUCUGGGCUCCAGAAGCCUAUCUCUCACCUCCCUGUCUGACCACGAAGGAGGUUGCAGCAGCUCAGCCAGCAGCCUGAGUGGCUCUGAUUCCUCUUCUGCUUUUGAUGGUGCGUGCAGGAGGCUUCCAAUCUUCAGCCAACUGUCAGUACCUGAUGACGGCUUCUGCAGCGAGGGCAGCGUCAGCAGUGCAAGCUUCUUCAUGUAGAAGAGCAUCACGAGGACUGAACUGUAUACUGUGGUAUACUUUAUGUGCGAAUACUUGAUGUUUUCUAGCUAAGCUUCAAACGAAGGCUCAUUCUUGUACAAUCGGCUGCAAAGAUUGAACGUCUUAAACUCGACCAUGAAGCAAAGAAGGAUUUUUUUUUUUUUUUUUUUCUCAUGCUUUUAUUUACAGCAAUCACAGUGUGAUAUAUUUUUUCUUAAGUGAAAAAGAGAAGAAUGUGAUUUGGCUAGUUGCAGCCUGGGCCUUUGAGUGAGACGCCAGUUAUAGAGUUGGGAGUAUUUAAGCAAAAUAUUUAAAUGAAUAAGCUUUCAAAGGGAUUAUAUAAAAAAAAAAAAAGCCAAAGAGAAGUUAUGACAUUCUUUAGCCUUUUCAUGCAAAUGUUCAGUAGAUUCAAUGUUGUCUUAAGUAUCAAGAUGAGGUUCUUUCUCUUAAUGUCCAUGCACCACUGUUUUCAUACAGGUUUCUUCCACAGACUGCUGCAUUUAGAAAAGUGUUUACAGAAGUUGUUCAUCAAGUACUGUUGAGCAGCAGAGAGUUUUUGGACCUAAGAGUCGUUCCUUCUCCUUUAAUGAUUUGUUUGGUUCGUUUCCAGACCUAAGGUUAGUGACUUUGUUAGCUGGCUUCUGGAAAUUUCCAGCUAGAUAUUUGGUAUUCUAUAGGUUUUCUUGACCUUUUAGAUCUUGUGGUAUUGUAUUAUUAAGCAGGUUUGUGUGUGAGACUUUAGGACUUUUUUUCUUUCUCAUUCCCCCACUUUUUCAUUGGAUCAUUUCAUAGCCUAGAUGGUUCUGGGUACCUUUUUGUAUCUGAUGCCCUUCAAGGCUUUCGUGUUGUAAGAUGUAGUGUAGAUGACCAAUCUGUAGCAACUUUCAUUUUUUUUAUUUAUUUUAUUGUAUUUAUAGAAAACAUGUUUCAUAACGUUUUCUAUUAAGUUUAAUAUAUUGAGAUUUUUUUUUUCUCCUGCAGUUUUUUGUACUGAAAAUAAACCUUUUUAAAACUG